AUAAGAAAACACAUUUGAUCAUAAAUCAACUAAAUCUGCAAUAAAAGAUCUAACUUGCUAUCUCACUGCAACGUGUUGUGUAUGAACCAUUCAUGUACAUGCUUCUAAUAUCAAUCAUUUCGGGACUGUUUCGAAUUGGUUUUGGAAGUCGUUCUUCCAUGGUUAUACGUAGUUGCACGCCACUCUACUUGCAUUCGCUUUUUGUUCGAAUCAAAGAACCUAUCAUUAGAAUCCCGAUUAUCCAUUUAAUUAUCCCUGGAUAACAAAGCUCGUGGCGCCGCUUCGAAGUCGAAAACCAAUUCAAACUCCUCGUGCCCUGUUCGAAAUGACACCCUGGACAUCUCGAAAGCACCCACGUGACCCACAUCAUGACGUGCAUCCAAUUUCAAAACAAACAAAAACGUGGGAAAGAAGACCAUCAUGAUCCUGGCAUCAAUUUGAAUUGGAAGAGCCCCCUUUUAAGGACACAGACACAUUAUGGCUGGUUAUGAACUUCUCUCGGAACAGAAUCUUCGUCUGGAUGGACGUAAGGCCGAUGAGCUCCGACGCAUUCAAUGCAAGUUGGGCGUGUUUGGUCAAGCCGACGGCUCCGCCUACCUCGAGCAAGGCAACACCAAAGUCCUGGCGGCCGUGUAUGGUCCCCACGAGAUCUAUCGUCAUGGAGCGGGCGGCGCGUCACGCCCCACUCUCACAGCCACGUCGAACGAGCAGGCCGUAAUCAAUUGCCAGUAUUCGGCGGCCGUGUUUAGUUCCGGCGAGCGGAAGCGGCGACCCCGCGGAGACCGCAAGUCCCAAGAGAUGUCAAUGCAUUUGCGGCAGACCUUCCAAGCCGCCAUCAAGACCGAGUUGUAUCCCCGAUCUCAGAUUGAUAUCUACGUGGAGAUUCUCCAGGCGGAUGGCGGGAACUAUUGCGCGUGCGUGAAUGCCGCAACAUUGGCUUUGAUUGACGCCGGGAUUCCUAUGAAGGAUUACGUGUGCGCCUGUACGGCUAGUUUGAUGAAUGAUCGACCCGUGGUGGAUAUCAAUAAUCUGGAGAGUACGACGGGUGGACCUGAGUUGACGGUGGCCGUGAUGGCCAAAUCUGGCGAAAUUGUGCUGCUCGAAAUGUCGCAACGCUUUCACGUAGAUCAUCUGGAGAAGGUUAUGGACCUGGCCAUGGAGGGCUGUCAAAAUAUCUAUCACAUUUUGGACAAGGAGGUCCGAGCUCACGUUUCUAAACGCGGGUCGCUUUUGGGCUGGGAGGCAACUUGAUGGUGACAUGGAUGAGAAAUGUAUUGUAAUAAAAAAAUUGCCUCUAUGCCUAA